AGGAAUCCUGAUGGUCUUGUAUAGUUAAUCACCGGACAUCAUAGAGAGGUUUCAAGGAGUUCAUAAUGGCAGAGGAGCAGAAGGACUCUGAGGGACCUUUAAGUGAUUUAUAUGAUUCAACAACAUUGGAUCAAAUUAUUAAAGAUAUUCAGGAUGUAUCAAAUGACCAGGGGUCUGGAAUGGAUAUUGAGGGUAUUAGCAACCCACCGAUGCAAAAUCCAGGAACAAACCCAGAUGGUAACACAUAUAAUGGAGGACCUAAUGGCAUCACACAGAGACAAUCAACAAUGGCAGUCCAUAUAGCAAACCGUAUGACAAGGUUCAGAUACGACACAGAGCUUAAUAAUCGAAACAUUGGCAAAGAAGAACUCAUGUCAAUCAAGUUCAUCAAUAUAGAUACAGAGGUCUUUGUGAGAGUCCAUUGUGUAGAUCCCGUCAACAAAAAGGCACAUCCGUACUGUUUAAUUGGUGACAAGUGUAAAAAUGGACUGUAUUGCGAAAAGUUUCAUCCCACCGUUGAAAAUAAAAGUACAUUAUCCUGUAAAGCAACCAUAAAAAUUCCCAAAAGAGGGGAGUAUGAAGACGAACUCAAAAAACGAAAACAGACCAUGGAAAAACACCUAGGCCUAUUUAGUGAAGAAAUGAAGAAAGCUGGAUACUGGAAUACAAAUAAAAAUGUCAAAGAGUGCAAAUGUGUGGCAUUGUGUGUAGAGGCCUUCUACAAGACUGGACAACAGAUGUUCAUGCUUCACGAAAUUACCACAGGCUUGUUAAAUGCCAAGGAGGGUAGGGGUUUCAGUGUCCAUACUAUCCGUCCAUUUGCUCAUUACUGCACGGGCUCCAGGAGUCAAGAUGAGAAUAUGCUGAUAGUUCUGACCGCUGAUUCUUUUAUUCCUAAAGGGAUAGAGAUCAGAUUUCAAGAUGAGGAAGGAUGGUAUGCAAAAGCUGAAAAACCUACGAUAAUAAAAAAUGUACUGGAAGUGAAAAUACCUCCUUACAAAAACACAGAGCUAGAGGAGGUCAAACAAGUACAUGUGCUUGUGAGGUCCGAUAGCAAAGUCAAUCUAGAAGCCAAUCCCAUCAAAUUCAUGUACAAACCACACGAAGGGACUGUAAUCGAAUGCAAAAAAAGAAAACGUCAAGACUACAGUAACAUUCCCCAGGACAUUUUAUUGGAAGCAAAUGGUGCAGAUGCAAAAAUCAGAAUGAAAUCACAUUUGGAACGUAGGAAAAAGAUCAGUAAGGCAAGUGCCACCAUUACAGCACCACAGCCCAGUGAUGGUUCUUGUGCCCAGAACAUUUUGCCUACAGAUCCAGUAUUUGAUCCAGUGCAAAAUUUGGAUCCAAAUUUUGAUUUCCUCCAAAAUCUUACAUCCACAACACCUGCCUCCAUUUCUGCUGUGCUGACUCCCUCCAAUGUUCCCUUCACAUCUCCAACACAACCUGGUUAUAUGGAUGCCAUUACCAGUCAGAGUAUGUUGUAUGGAAACCCCACCAAUCCAAAUUAUCAAUCCACAUCAUCCAUAUACCAGAUACCAGUUCCAUCUCCACACGCAAAGCCUCCAAUUUCUGCCCAACAGAUGAACAUGUCUGUUCAGUCACCACAAAGUCACUUGCCAGUUCAGCCCCCCUCAAGUCAGUUUUCUGUGUCUUCACCACAAAACAAUGCAGUUGGCUCAGUAACCUCCCCACCACCUCCCCAGUCUCCCAUGGGUAACAUAGGAAAGUUUAAGACUGUAGCCAUUGCUGGAACAAAUCAAUGGCUCCUCAUUGAUCAGUUUGGAAAGCCUCUUCUUGUCCUGGGUGGUCAAAAUGAUGAAGUAUCAGCAUCUGAAGUUCAGGAGCUUCCCUCUAUGAAUAUGGGAUACAUUAGCAGUCCACCCCAGUAUGAUAUGUCUGGCUCUUAUCCACCUGUCAACCAAGCAAGUGACAUGCUUGCAAUUAAUCCACUUUCCACUACAACGGAUAAUGACCUGGAGGUGGAUGAUGCAGGUGAUAGUGCAGAUGUCCCUUCCUCUGUCAGUGGUUCACCUGAAACAGGAAAGCCACAAAACAAAUUAAGUACAUCCACGGCCUUUGAAGGCUCUGAGCAGGCUGAUGAUGCUGUGGUGGAAGAGGAGGUGGACGAGGCUACUAUGAGUAUGGAGAAGAUGAGUCUUGAACUUCCCUCAUCUACAUAGACAGGUGAUCAACUUUUCGUUGUCAAAAAUUUGAAAUGUGAAUUGUUUUCUUCCACUUCUUGGAAUUUGUGUGCAGAACAUUUCAUUAAGGAGAAUAAACUCUUGUUGCUUAAAAAAAAAGAUUAGACACACAAACUGAA